GCAAAUCUUUCGGACUGCAAUCCAGUAGCCACACCAGUUGACACAACCUCGAAACUAAGUGCUACUGCCGGCCCCUCAGUUGAUGACCCUACUCUCCACCGGAGUCUUGCCGGUGCCCUACAAUAUCAUACUUUUACCCGUCCCGACAUCUCAUAUGUCGUUCAACAAAUAUGUUUGUUCAUGCAUGACCCUCGUGCGCCUCAUCUUCAUGCACUCAAACAGAUUCUCCGUUAUAUCAAAGGCACUAUUAACUACGGCCUGCACCUUAAGCCGUCCUCCAUCACUAGCUUAAUCUCAUACUCCGACGCUGGUUGGGGUGGCUGCCCGGAUACCCGCCGGUCCACCUCCAGCUAUUGUGUCUAUCUUGGAGACAACCUUCUUUCUUGGUCCUCUAAACGGCAACCGACUCUAUCUCGCUCAAGUGCCGAAGCUGAAUAUCAGGGUGUAGCUAAUGUUGUCGCCGAGACAUGUUGGUUACGGAAUCUCCGAUCCUUUUCGAACUUCACUGUCCUCUUUCCAAAGCUACUAUGGUCUAUUGUGAUAACAUCAGUUCAGUCUAUAUGUCCGGCAAUCCCGUUCAACAUCAUCUCACCAAACAUAUCGAAAUGGAUCGGAUAUCCACUUCGUUCGAGAAAAGAUUGCUCGCGGGGAGGUUCGAGUUCUUCAUGUUCCAUCAUGUCAUCAAUUUGCCGAUAUCUUCACCAAAGGCCUUCCCCGUAUUUUAUUUGACGAGUUCCGCUCCAGUCUAAGCAUCCGGCCACCUCCCGCUUUGACUGCGGGGGGUGUUAACGUGUGCAUCAUUGCAUGUCCCAUGCAUGCCGUCCAAAAGACUCGGCCACUCAGAAUAUCACUUCCGCACAGGGCCGGCCAUGGGGGCAUGCAGCCUAGACAAUUGUCUAGGGCCCCCAAAUUCUUGGGGCCUCCAAUUUUUUUAU